AAACUUCCUCUCCAUAAGAAACCCCUCUUCUUCUUCCUCCUCCUCCUCCCUCCAAAAAAAUUAUAUAAGCGAAAAAUCAAACUCUACGCCACAAAACGCCGCUCUCUCUCUCUCGCCACUUGGUUGUUGGUCCCAAUUUCCCAACCCGACGAAAUGGAGGCUCUCCGCCUAGCGCCGCAGCAGCCGCCGCUACUCCGGCUGCACGGCGCCGCCGAGUUCCGCGCUCCCCUGGCGCUAGCUGGACGAAUUGGAACAAGAACGAAACCGUCGUCCAAGCCGUUCAAUGUCUCCGCCACCCUGUCGAAACCUGCCGCUGAGAUCUCUCCAUUGCCGACGCCCUCCCGCGACAAUUCGCUUGCGGAGACGGAGGAGGCGGCGAAGGUAGCUGCUCCACGGAGGAAGGUGUCUCCGAGCUCGCUGCAGUACCCGCCCGGCUACCUCGGGGCGGUGCCCGAUCGGAGCGGAGGAUGUGGGGGCGACGACGACGUCAUCGGGGCCAUGGGGUAUUUGACGAAUAUACUCUCGUCGAAGGUGUACGACGUGGCGAUUGAAUCUCCGUUGCAGUUCGGGCCUAAGCUCUCGGAGAAACUCGGGGUCAAUGUCUGGCUCAAGCGGGAGGAUUUGCAGCCUGUAUUUUCAUUCAAGCUGCGUGGUGCAUACAACAUGAUGGCAAAACUUACGAAGGAGCAGUUAGAAAGAGGAGUGAUCUGCUCUUCAGCCGGAAACCAUGCCCAAGGAGUAGCACUAGCUGCCAAAAGACUUGGUUGCAAUGCUAUAAUUGCCAUGCCUGUAACUACCCCUGACAUCAAGGUGGGACUUUGGCAAUCAGUUGAGAGAUUGGGUGCUACAGUUGUUUUGGUGGGAGACUCUUAUGAUGAGGCACAAGCAUAUGCUAAGCAAAGAGGCCAACAAGAAGGUUUGACCUUUGUACCUCCUUUUGACCACCCGGAUGUGAUCAUGGGACAAGGAACUGUCGGAAUGGAGAUAGUGCGCCAGAUGCAAGGCCCAUUGCAUGCCAUCUUUGUGCCUGUUGGUGGUGGUGGAUUGAUAGCUGGCAUCGCUGCAUAUGUUAAGAGAGUUAAUCCCGAUGUGAAGAUCAUUGGGGUAGAACCAGCUGAUGCAAAUGCGAUGGCUUUGUCGCUACAUCACAAUGAGAGAGUGAUGUUGGACCAGGUUGGAGGUUUUGCAGAUGGUGUGGCUGUUAAAGAGGUUGGGGAAGAAACAUUUCGGCUAUGCAAGGAGUUGAUAGAUGGGGUGGUUCUUGUCAGCCGUGAUGCUAUCUGUGCUUCGAUUAAGGACAUGUUUGAAGAGAAAAGGAGCAUAUUAGAGCCAGCAGGUGCUCUAGCGCUUGCUGGAGCUGAAGCAUACUGCAAAUACUAUGACAUAAAAGGCGGAGACAUUGUGGCAAUAACCAGUGGGGCGAAUAUGAACUUCGAUAAACUGAGAGUGGUCACUGAGCUUGCCAAUGUUGGUCGAAAAAAAGAAGCUGUGCUUGCAACUGUCUUGCCAGAACAGCCUGGGAGCUUCAAACACUUCUGUGAAUUGGUGGGUCCUGUCAAUAUAACCGAGUUCAAGUAUAGAAGUAGUUCUGAGAAGGAAGCUGUUGUCCUGUACAGUGUUGGCCUCCAUAUGGUAUCUGAACUUGAAGCGAUGAAGCAGCGUAUGGAAUCUGCUCAACUAAGAACUUACAAUCUGACUGAAAGUGAUUUGGUCAAAGACCACUUGCGCUAUUUGAUGGGCGGCAGAUCAUCUGUUGAAGAUGAGGUUAUCUGUCGAUUCGUCUUCCCAGAAAGGCCCGGCACUCUGAUGAAGUUUCUUGAUGCAUUCAGUCCCCGAUGGAACAUUACCUUGUUCCACUACAGAGGCCAGGGAGAGACUGGCGCUAACGUGCUGGUGGGAAUCCAAGUCCAGCAGAGGGAGAUGGACGAGUUCUACCUCCGCGCCAAUGAUCUUGGAUACGAUUUUGUUGUUGUAACUGACGAUGACAAGUUCCAGCUUCUGAUGCAUUGAGAAGUUGGUAGAGUAGUAUUCGUCUUUGUAACUUGCUAUGUGAGACACUCAAAAUGAUUUCUUUUUGUUGUAACCUACGAUAGGUUAGCGUUUUCCCAAUGUUGAAUAGUCAUGCUGGAUAGUGACGGUUUGGCAUUGGAGCUGUAUGUAGAAUAAAAUUCCUUAAAAGCAUUGAUCAUGUGAAGCUGACUUGUUGAACAAGUAGUGUGACCUCCAAAAGGGGAAGAAAGUACUGCAGCAAAUUAAGACUAAGAGGACAUUCUCCUGAAUUUGAUAUAGCAGCUGUGGGUGGUGCAUACAUUUAUUGACCAAGGAAUAAAGAAUUGUUUAUUUGUCUUAUCAAGCUUGUGCUUGUAGCAUUGAUUGAACUAUGGAAUCUAAGAUACGAGGGACAAUCCUUGAGAAAGCAGGGUUUGAGCUAGGAUCUUACUAGUAGCUUACGAAGGGUGGAAUCCAUCCCAGAACACGUAAUCUAUAGCAUUGGAACAUGUACCCAGUGAGAUUGAAUUGCACAGAAAUGAAGUCUCCAUUACAGAAGUCUCGCAGCAAGCCUUCCUUGCUUCGAAGAACCCUGUCAUAGAUAUGGUUUAUUGGUCAAGUUCAAGCGAGGAAUGUAGAUAUCAAAGACAACAAAUUUAAGCCCCGGGAGCUCUUGUACAAGGCUCUGAGAAGUUGCGUUCAGCUUUUGUUUGAAGGAGCUAGCAUCCCAGUGAUGGCUGCAGGCAAACACCCUGUUGGUGGCAGAGUUGUCACUCCAAUCUUCCUUGCUCCAAGACUGUACAGGUGGGCUGUUCCAUCAAGCAUGCCAGAGGCAGCUGAAGCAAAAUUGGGUCCAGUCAGAACAUCUCCCAAGCUCGCUUCUUGACUUAGAUAGGGUGGGGGGUACGUGUCGAAACCCAUAUAUUGAGCUGCAUUUCUGAAACAACCAAACCAGAACAACUUUCAUUAAUGGCCAGCUUCCUAUUGCAGAAAACCAAGAAGUAAUCUUAUUUCCACUAUACCUGUUAUGUCUAUGGCCAGCUUCCCAUUGCAAAACCUCCCAGUUGGUCUAUGUUCGGCGAAAUCCCUUCCAGAAGGAGGGAAGUUUGCCCUGAUGAGAGUGAUGAGAUUGUUGUUGUUUCCCACGUCAGCGACCGAACCCCAAAGAUGGUAAGUGAUGGAACUAGAGGUUCAGCCACUGCCAUUGACAGAACACCCAUUUUUCUCUCUUCCUUCUUCCGAGUUCGCCUUUACCUCUUUGUGUUUAUGUUUUGUGGAAGGGGUAUUUAAAAGCCUGUCAAAGUGGGAACAACAUUCCCCUAACAAUGCCAAAGGAAGCCACUUUUGUUUCCUUUUCCAUUCUUAUAUCAUUCAGCAUUUUGCCUAGUUUAUUGGCUGUAUUCCUAGUUUGGAUUGAAACCCAGGUCACAGAUGAUACCAGAAGUUCCUUGUCUUGGUGUUUGGACCAAAGUUAUGUUGGUUCUCACCUGAGCUGAUUAUCUCUGUGUUGCAGUAACGUCCAUUCAAAUUUCAGACUAUAUAUUAUAAAAUUUCCAUGAGAAAGAUAGAUUCUUUAUUUCAUUAUUCCAUCAUCUGAAGCAUUACAAGGGACUAGAGAGGACGGUUGGAGAUGCUGCUUGGAAUGAAGUUUUGUUAAAACGUAAUGAGUUUAUCUUCAUGCUAGGUAUUUGGUCCCUAGCUGCGUAAAAUGGAUGGUAGGGGAAGAAAGGACUGCAUAGACUUGGGGCAAAUGGGAACAUUAAUAUAAUGAAUUUGAUAUAAUAGUUGCAGAUUGGUACGUGUAUGUAUUGAAUCAUAGAACAAUGAAUUGUUUAUUUUGUUUUCUCAAGCUUGUGUUUGCGGCAUUAAUGGAGCUAUGGAAUCUAGGAUAUGAGGGACAAUCCUUGUGAGAGCAGGGAUUGGGCUAGGAUCUUGUUAGCAGCUUCAGAAGGGUGGAAUCCAUCCCAGAACACGUAUUCUGUAGCGUUUGAACACGUCCCGGGGGACAUUGCAUUGCACAGAAAUGAGGUCUCUAGGACACCUGUCCCACAGCAUGCCUUCCUCGCCUCGGCAAAGCCUGCCAUGGAUUUCAACAGCAACAAAAUUGAUUUUUUAUCAAAUUCAAGAGGGGAUUGUAGAUAUCGAAGACAACAAGUGUGAGCCCCGGGAGUUCUUGCAUGAGGCUCUGAGAAGUUGUGUUCAGCUUCUGGUUGAAGGAGCUAGCAUCCCAGUUCAGCCUCUCGACACAGUCGUUGCUUCCGUGGCCAAAUAGGGUGAUGGCUGCAGGCAAGCAUCCCGUUGGUGGCAGAGUUGUCACGCCAAUCUUUCUUGCUCCAAGCCCGUACAGUGAGGUCAAUGGCCAGCUUCCCAUUGGAGAACCUCCCAGUUGGCCUAUGCUCGGCGAAAUCCCUUCCAUAAGGAGGGAAGUUUGCCCUGAUGAGGGUGAUGAGAUUGUUGUUGUUUCCCACAUCCGAAACCGAGUCCCCAAAGAUUGUAAGUGAUGGAACUAGCGGGUCAGCCACCACAAUUGAAGAGACCAUAGCUAGAACCAGAAAUGGUGAAUGGUGAGAAGAGCAUGCAGGUGGAAGGAGAAUUUAAAGGAGUGGAAUGAAACCAUCUGAUCAAUGGGAACAACGUUGCCUAACAUCGCCAAACAGAACUAAGUUUUGUUUCCUUUCCAGUUCUUUUCUUCAGCAUUUUGCUUUGGAUUUUGUUUUAUGCCUACUUUGGUACGAAAAAACCAGGUCAGAAAUCAUACCAGAAGUUCCUUCCUUUGUUCAAACCUUGAUUUUUUAAGUAUUACCCCUUUUUGCAUUGAACUUCCUUUCAACUAUAUUGUAUUGUAUGAGAAGAUCGAUUCUCUAGUUUGUUCUGUUCAUUAUUCCAUCAUCUGAAACAUUGUAAUGGCUGAGAUUGAAGGCAGCCGGAGGAGAUGCUUUUUGAAUACAAGUUCUGUCACCAAGCUAGGU